GACGAAUGCAACUAUGUCGCGAUCUGUGCUUUAUAUGUCUAUUUAUGCUCUUUUAGCGUCCGUUUAAUUGUCAUUAAAUUUAAAAUUCAUUCUUCAGGUUUGUGUUACAUACGUAACCGCCACUAGUCCCAAAAGACCCUCAUUGGGGGCAGUAGCCCCUCGUAAAAAAGCCAAUCCAAAGCCUGAACUGACAGAGGAGCAAAGGCAGGAGAUCCGAGAGGCCUUUGAGCUCUUUGACACUGAUGGUUCUGGUUAUAUUGAGGUGAAGGAGUUGAAGGUGGCAAUGAGAGCGCUGGGGUUUGAGCCUAAAAAGGAGGAAAUCAAGAAAAUGAUUGCAGAGGUUGAUAAGGAUGCUACUGGAAAGAUCUCUUUCAGUGAUUUUCUGACAGUGAUGACUCAAAAAAUGGCUGAAAAGGACUCCAAGGAAGAAAUUCUUAAAGCUUUUCGGCUGUUUGACGAUGAUGAGACUGGAAAAAUAUCUUUCCGAAACCUAAAGAGAGUGGCCAAAGAACUCGGAGAAAACCUCACAGACGAGGAGCUGCAGGAAAUGAUCGAUGAAGCAGACAGAGAUGGUGAUGGAGAAGUUAACCAGCAGGAAUUUCUUCGCAUUAUGAAGAAAACAAGUUUGUACUGAAUAUUAUCAGAAGCACAGGAGUAUGAGAAAUAUUAAUUUCAAUGUAGACAUUUUCAAUUUUUUUUUUAUUUUUUAUUUUUUAUGAUUUUGCCGUUUUGUGCACAGCACCAUUCCAAAACCUUGAUGCCUGUCAACCACAGUGGUCAUUUCAGAUCCAUGUGGAUUUGCCAAAUAGGAAAAUGUCAAUUGUUUACACUUCUCAAAUCUUAUCAGUAAAGAUAGCAUAUAACACAGAUUGUUGUGAGCAAGUCAUAUAUGGUAAGUUCUUUGCACUGAAACAUUUAGUGAAUCUGUCAUAACAUAGGUAAAUCUCACAUAGAAACAAAUGUUAUGGGGCCAUACUUCAAAAUAAAUAAAUAAAAUGCAUUUUGCAUAAAAAAAAUUAAGGUUAUUUUUAGAUUGUGACAUUAUUUUCAUGAGUAAAUUUUCAUGGACCCCCAAAUGUGUCUCGCAAACAUAAAAACACUGCCAUUAAUUUAUGAAAACGUAAAAGAUUGUAUUAGUAAAAAAGACUAUUACAAUAAUGUGAAUGUAUAACAGUUAUAUCCAAUGCUUUGCUUGAAA